AUGCCCAUGCCCAUGCAGCUUUCAUCCUUCCUUCCCCUGGUCAGCGGCGGCAACGCCAAGGGUGCGGAGUGCCUGUCAAGACUCACCUUGCAGGGAGACUGCCUGCCUGAUCGCCAUGGCAAUGCGGCUCGCGACGCUCCUCCCAUCCGAGUCGGAAAAGUGACCGAUCCAAGUGCGGUUCCUUCAUUGGCGGUGUCGGGGGAACGCAAUACAAGGGGCGCGAUCACGCCUACCAACGGCCAGAAAACGACGUCCCCGGACCCUGCAUUGAGAGAGAGCAUGAAUCGGGAUCUGGACCACGACGCCCUUGGUCUCCAGCGCCCAUCACCAUCACCAUCGUCGUCGUCACGAACAAAGCGCGUUCUGUCGCGGGGUCCAGACACGUACUGGGGAGUGACUCACGACGAGGGGCCAAGACCUCCGCCGUCGAAGAGGGGGUGGGUGGGUGGUCUCGUCCUGCGGCGGCCUCUGCUAGGCUGCAAGACCAUCUCGGCCGGCAUCGUCGCAGGCCAUUGGCUCCGGACCGCAGAACCACCCAUGCGACGCAUUUUGCGAUGA